GGCCUCGGGACGGCGGAGCGCCAUGCUGGAAUCCAUCCGUGUCACCGAAAAACUUCACUGGCCUAAGCAAGAACUUUCUAAGAAAUCAAUCCUGAGCCCAGAAGAACAUAAACUGAAUGUCAGUAAUGAAAAGAGCUUCCAGCAUCCGUCGCCUGGAGUCCUUAAGGACAUUUUUACAACAGGAACCAGUAGCUACAACGUCCUUCUGCAGAGCAAGGAAGAGAAAAAGCACCAUGCUCAGAAGCAGUCACCUGCUCACCACAAGAAACACAGAAAAGCCACAAAGUGCUCCAACACCUUGCGAAGCAACGAGCACCACAAAAUCAAGGUCCCGCUGCCCUUGCUCAGCAGUGGGUGGUACUGCUCAGACCAGCAGCCCUCUGUCCUCAUCUCCAGCCCCAUCUCUAAUGGCGUGAAGCUUGCAAACAGCAUUUCAGCUGCAGGGAAUGGCAUAGGACUGCCACCUCGACCCAGAAGUAGAGCUAAGAGGCACUGUAAUCAGACAAAGCCAAAGCAAUCCCCAUCAUCAAAGAGCCAUGGGAAAGAGGGAGAUGAUUCUGGCCGAAAGCUCUGUUUGCUAACUGCAAUCAAGCCUUCCAACGUGGAGAAAGAGAAAAUGAAGUUCUUUAAGUCAGAUUUCACAUACAAUCCUCAGUUUGAAUAUGAAAACCCUGCUUUGCCAAACGUAUUAGCUAAGCAUAGCCAAGCAUCUGACAGAUUUCUUAAGCAGUCCAUUAACAUUAUGGAGCGGACACUGCAGAAAUAUGGAAGCUACGAAAAGUUUGAACAGGCCACUGGUGGCAGCUUGCUGACCAAAAGCCGCAUCUGGAAUCAUGUUAGGAAAUACAUGGUGAAGGAAGGCUGUCUUGGUGAGAUUGUGGUCCAUCUCACGGAGGACCUGCUUUCUCGAGCCUCAAUGACAGUGGUGAAUGGCCGCCCCACUCUCACUAUCAAUAUCUCCACUGCAAGAGAGCACUGGCUGGAAGGGAUGCUGAGACAUGAAAUUGGAACUCAUUAUUGGGGUUUUAACAACAAUAGCCAGCCUUGGUGCAACUGGAACGGACGUAGAAAACAUGGGUUGAAACCAAUCAACCCUACAGAAGAAGGGCUGGCAAGCAUUCACAGCGUCCUCUUCCGCAAAGACCCUUUCCUUUGGAGGGCUGCCCUGCUCUACUACACUGUCUAUCAGGCCAGCCAGAUGUCCUUCAGCCAGCUGUUCCAGGACGUGGGGAAGUUUGUCCAGGACCCCAAUACCAGGUGGGAUUACUGUGUACGAGCCAAGAGAGGCUGGACUGACACAUCACAGCCAGGCUGUUUCAAUAAGGAUCAGGUGUACUUAGAUGGCAUCCUCCGAAUCCUGAGAUACAGGGAGUCCAUCGAUUUCCACCUUCUGACGGCACUCGGCAAGAUCUCAUAUGAAGACGUGGACCGUCUGAAAGGGUUGGCUGUGAUUGAGAACAUGAGAGUACCACACUUCCUCCAAGACCAUGCCCGGUAUAUGGAGCACUUGGAAAAGAUUAUGGAGGUCAAUGAGCUGACUGAUGAGGAGCUCCAGGAUCUCAUAGACUAAGAAUACCAGCCAGCUGCUCGGUCUGUGCAACUGAGGAUAUAGAACUGGACUUCUGAGAGCUUGCAAAAAUGGACUUACCGGGGGUGGAGCAGGAGGAAAAGGCAGCCAGAGCAUGUGGAAUUCAGAAAGAGUCCCUUUGUGUUCCUUUUGCAUUGUGAUUGUAUACUAAUGAUUUUUUUCAAAGAGUUUGUGCACAUUUUAGUCUGGUUCAGGAAUCCCUUUGCAGUGACCUGUCCAGCCACCUGCUCUGCUUUGCGGGCUAGGCAUAGUGCUUGUCACUUUCCUUUGUGAUAUACUGCCUUUUCCCACCCACAUUUAGAGGUGGAGGAAAGGAGAAAGAGGGGAAAUUCCCCUUUUGUCUUCUCAUGUACGCUUUGCCUUUGGUCAGCUUUCACAGCUUGUAGAGAUAGCACUGUUGUAGUUACGCUACCUCAUUGUCUGUGUGACUCCUAUUUGUCAUCAUUGCAACAAGUUUUAAAAAAUGAUCACAGUGCACAGAAGCGGGUCUUUGUGCAACAGCUCUGUAAUACCAUUACAAAGUUGUGGGGUUUUUUUUUAUUAGGAGAUUCAGCUUUAAAGAAAAAGAAAAAAAAAAAAAGAACAGGUAUUGCUGUUUUGAUGACUGCAAACAGGUAGCAAAAUUAUCUUCUUUAUUAUUCCCCCAGAUUGCUACUGUUCCACAUCUCUGUCUGUAUAGUACAUGUUUAGGAAGCUGAGUCCUGGAAGGGUCUCUCUCCUUUGAGGACAAGUGUAUCAUGGUUAGUGAGUUCCACAGGGCAGCAUUUUGGAAGAAAGCCUGGGCAGAACUGUGAUUUUAUGACUUUUUUUUAUCAAUACGUUCAGGAAUGUAGGGACAUAAGUCAGCACAGCAGGCAGCACUCACUUCUUGUCUGGGUCUCCUGAGCCUCCAGAGCAUCAAGUCACUUUUUGAGCAGUAUCAGGCCUCAGUGCUACAGUAAAGUUGUGCUCAUUGCAGAAGUGAGAUGUGGAAGGGGAGAAAAGCAGACUCACAAGUGCCCUGUUCCUGUGUUCCUACAGGACUGCUGCACCACUUAAAGCAAACUUACCUCUGUUUUAUCUGCAGGUGCUAUAUCCAGAAACAGGCAGAGAAAGUGUGUUAGUGUGAGGCACUGCUGGCCACAUGAUAAAUAGCUUUGAUGACACAGGAGGGCUUACUGCAUAAACUACAUUUUCUGAAUUCAGAGUAUGAUGGAUUGUUGAGGCCAGCUGAGUUUUGCACCUGUAGGUUCUUUGAGAACCGGUUUGGUUUUAGUAGGCAGCAUUUUAGCAGCGCUCCUCUGAGCUCCUGGGGAAGCAGCUGUGAUGCAGGAGGCUGUGCAGGAAGAUGGUAGCUCCCAGAAGGCUUCUGCCAGUUCUUCCCCUUGUGCUGUGACCCACAGGUAACAGGCCCAGCACUGAAUAAGGCAAGUAAGUGGAGACAAGGUUUCCUCCACACGGGCUCAGAGGUCUGAAGGUUUUUGAGUGACCCCAUGAAACCAGCUGCCUUUUAGGCAGCAUUGCAGGUGUGCUCACAGCAGCUGGCUGGCUGCUUCAGAAAAUAAAAUGUGUUUAACAAAGAUAAAUUUACCAAAUUUGGUUAUUUUCAAGACAGGAACCAAGAGCCCCUCCCAGUAGCCUUAAUUUUAUAUUGUUAGUCUUGUUCACUAUCUGGAAGCCUUUCAGCCUCUGUGUGCAGAAAUAAAAACUUUUUUUUUCCUUUUCUUUUUUA